CGCCGGUGGGCGCUGCGGGACGGAUCCGGGGACGGGGUUGCGGGGCCCGCGGAUCGGGGCUGCGGAGCGCUUUGGUGGUGCUGUGAAGGGUUCUUCUGUCAGGCUGUGGCAUAAAAAGCAAGAGCCGCCAUGGGAGAAAAAGUGAACAAUUUCCCUCCUCUGCCUGGAUUCAUCCCCUUAAAGCCAUGUUUCUACCAGGAUUUUGAUGGGGAAAUCCCUCCCCAGCAUCGAACCAUGGUCAAACGUCUUUACUACCUCUGGAUGCUGAACAGCAUCACCUUGGCAGUGAAUCUGAUUGGCUGCCUGGCAUGGAUGAUUGGCGGCGGCGGAGCGGUUAACUUUGGACUGGCUAUUCUCUGGCUCAUUCUCUUUACGCCCUGCUCUUAUGUCUGCUGGUUCAGACCCAUUUACAAAGCCUUCAAGACAGACAGUUCCUUCAGCUUCAUGGCUUUCUUCUUCACUUUCAUGGCUCAACUGGUGAUCAGCAUUAUCCAAGCGGUAGGGAUCCCUGGCUGGGGGGUCUGUGGCUGGAUCGCAGCCAUCUCUUUCUUCGGCAGCAACGUGGGCUCCGCGGUUGUGAUGCUUAUCCCCACCAUCUUGUUCACAGCCAUGUCGGUUUUCUCCUUCAUUGCCCUCAGCAUGGUGCAUAAAUUUUACCGGGGAAGUGGCGGCAGCUUCAGCAAGGCUCAAGAAGAGUGGACAACGGGCGCUUGGAAGAAUCCCCACGUACAGCAGGCUGCACAGAAUGUGGCCGUCGGCGCGGCCCAGGGAGCCAUGAUGCAGCACGAGACGCAGUAUUCGGCCACACCCAACUAUAACUACCCCAACGAGAUGUGAAGGGAGAGUUAUGGCUUGAGGUGGGCGGGAGGAACUGGAGCAGGGCUUGUUGUGUGACUGAAUGUGUGUGUAUGAGAGAGUGUGGAUUCCGCUGUGUUGGGGUGGGGAGGGCAGAGCCAGAUGUAUAAUAACUUUCCUGACGGAGGAGGCGUGUCAGAUAUUUAUUCUCCCUCCUCCUUUUGACUUUGGAACGGGAUCCUUUUUCGGGGUUCGCAUCCUUGGAGAUGAUAUAUAUUUUCUCCCUUUUCCGUUUGAAGAAGCCGUGAGUUUGAGCUGCAGGACAAUGGUGUUUGUGCUGUAGUAAUCGUGUGUGCGUGCGCUGAACUGUUUUUUCCCCUCUGUGAAAUUGUGUGCAGUGGUGGUUUUUUUAAAAUUACUGUGGUGGUAGGUGGUACUCAUAGCUACGUUGGGCAGGGAGGGCGGGGAAACUGAGCAGCCCCCAAAUGGCUAGCAAAAACGAAAACCACGUUGGCUGCCCUUUUGGUGAGAUUUUGGCUUCAUUCAUCCUGUCCCAGGAGGUUGCAAUGCCUAAGAUAUUUUGGAUGGCUGCCUUAUUAGCACUUAAUUCCUGCUCUUCCUCUAGCCAAGGGCGCCCAACGCUCCCCCACCUGCCAUCCUCAUGUCGGAGUCCACAGAGCAUCUUAACCACAUGCUUGUGAGCAAAAUAAUAUUUUUUCCUUCUAGCGUCCUUACUAGGAAGAUGAUAAUUGUGUGUGACUUUCAAAGAGAUGAUUCAUCUGGCAUUAUUGUGGAGACCUCUGCUAUGCAGUGUGAAAUUCAUCAUAUUACAACCAAGUCUUCCUCCCAUCCAAAACAACCACUUUUAAAUUUCCCAGCUGACGUUGUGGGUUCUCUUCAUUGGAUCCCUUGCAUCUUGACAGGUUGGUGCUGCGCAGGGGAAAGAGUAUAUAAAAUCCAGCUGAGUGUAGAGUGUAGCUUUAAAAGGAGUGCUUUAGCAAUUGUGUAGUUUUCUAUUCACCUGGGUGAGCUGCAGUUGCUCCUAGGUGAUCAGUUGAACCAUGCAUAGACCUAUCUGCCCACCAAGGACAUCAUAUCUGCUGGAUGGAGGAAGCUGCAGAACUCUGAGACCCUUCUGGCAUCCAUACGCUUUUUGUGUGGCAGAAGAGUCUCCUAGGCUGGCACUUAAACAGAGGCAGGUUGGCCGGCUGGAAAUCUAAGGCAGGCAGCUUUUCUACCUUAUGCUGUUGCGUGGAGCAACUCUGUGAGUUUCUGAACUGGGUGGUGCCUCAAAAAAGGCUCUUAUCCUUGUAGUAUUUGGGGGGGAUAGCGAAGGCAGAAAACACUAAGGCUGCUUCCUGCAUUAUGAGAGGAAUGCGAAACCCACAUCUGGGUUGAUGGCCCAGAGCGAAAGCAACUUCUGAACUGCAAGUUUUCCACCUGCACGUGUUGUAAUGUGGGAAAUCAUCCCCUCAAACCACUGAUGGCGUUUUCUUAAUCCCUAUUAACUCUGCUGUUUUUAAAAUCCAUGCUUUUUCUGCAUCAGCACCAACAGAUCUGUGUCGCGCGAUCCUCCCAGUAUUUAAAAAAAUUCUCAUAGAAGUCAUAUGAGUUGCACAGGAUUGGGUGCAAGGGAAGAGACAGGGUCUAAUGCUUUUCCCCUUCUGGUUUUGUUGGCUGUUAUUAGCUCUGAAAACAAAACAAAAAAAGGUUGUCCAUCUUUCUAUUGAGGAUAAUAACAGCAUUAGAAAUGGGGAGGACAGUUUUGACUGGCAAAACCACGUGGGAAAGGAAGAGUUAGAUCGCUUUUGCUGACCCAAACCAGGGCCCCACAAAGCUUUUUUAAAAAUGAAGCGAAGAUAGGAUUUAUUUCUUGUUGUAUAAAGAAAAAAACAACUUGAAUCCCUUGAUGUUCAGGUUGCUGGGAAGCGUUUCUGUACUGAGAGGGGAAACUUAUCUUUGCUUGAAUGGUUUCGAUCUUCUCCUCUCCUUUAUUCUGUUGCUUUCUUCCACCUUCUCUGUUCUUUUACACACCUAACUAAAAACCCUUUAAGAUCCCACCUUUAGAAUUUAAUGUCGCUCUCUGGUCAAGAAAGAGCGCUCGUUCACUUUAACUUUUGUAUGUAUCACAAAGCAACCGUCUCAUUGUUUUGGCAGUACUCGUGUGUGUUCAUGCGUGCCCUCUAGUUACCCUGGAGGAACUACUUAAUCGAAUAAUCUAAUUAAGCUUCAUAAUCCUGUGAGGAUCAGACUAUCCCAUAGAUGGGUGCUUUCUGACUUCAUUCAGCUAUGCAGUGUUCUACUCUUACCUUCUAGCUCUCUCCCCCACUCCUCAAGUGCGGUUAUUAUUUUUAACCUAUUCACAUUUCCUCCCAUUGUUUGGGAACUGAGAAAUGGCAUUACCUAUCUGAGACAUGAAAGCUUGUGGCAGGAAAUCUAAAACUUAUUAUUUUAAGCAUCCAUCCAUCUCCUUGUUUCAGUGUUUGAGCCUAAUGUGUAGAAUUCUGUGAGAUUCACAUUUUUUAACAGAAAAGUGCUUCCUACUCAGAGAUAGAUGCUGCCAAUUCAAGCCCUGUUCACACGUUACAGGAAACACACAUGCAUCCUUCAUGUACAUGCGUACAUCUGUUUAUUAGAAAGAGCCAACAACUGCUCAACAUAAAACCAGGACGCAGUCCCUGGAUAAACGUGGGAUUUGUAUAACACAUUCAGCUAUACGUGCGUUGAAUAUAUCACAAGAAUUACUAAAUGCACGUUUAAAAAAAUCAAGUGUACACUGUGAACUUGCAAACAGGGCUUCUGUUUUGAGCAGGUGGAGUUUAAACUUUGACUUGACUCAGUUUCCCUGUUUGAACUGUCUGGAAUCCAUGCAGUCUGAUUCCAUCUACUUCCACACCGAGGUUUUUGUCUGCUUUGGCUACCAGUGCUUUUUAAAAAGCAUCCACAUGUUGUCAUGGCCCAAUCAUAGGGGGAUUUUUCAUGGUAUCCCUGAUUGUCUGCUAUUUCACAUGCCACCAGAGAGCUUUUAAUCUGUAGUAGCUAUAUAGCACUAUUGGGUCGUAACGCUAUAGUGACAAUUGAUUUAGAAUGUCAGCAAAAGCUUGCCCAGUGUGUGAUGGCAGGUGCAAGAGGGGAAAAAGGGGGAAAGGUGUUAACUUGGGAAGUUAAAAAUUCACACUUUCCCAUCCUCUCAGUGGGAAAACCCACUCCGAGUACAAUCUUUCUGGAAUGAUCAGACCCAGGCAGGUUUGGGGGAACUACGGAAAGAUACAGGAGAACCACUGUAAAACAAUGCAAGAUGGGUGCUCUGGAAAAAUAAAAGCCUCCAGUUGGAGAGCCAGGGUGUAACAAAACAGCUGUGUGGAAGCAGCCUGGAUCCUGAGAUGAUGCUCUGAGAAAGCCCUGAAUCUCAGCCAGGGAAAGGUGGCAACUACAUUGGGGAUGAUGAGCAUGGAUUAGAUUAGCAGGGCUGUUUUCACCAGUGGCUGAGUAGCUUUCAUCGGUUGGCGCCAUAGCUGGAGUAAGUUAAGAAGGUUUGCAAUGACUAACUUUGUAAGAAAGAAAGGUCGGUGACUUUGGAAUGCUUGCACUGAAUCCCUUGGGAUUUGCUCUUCUUUUGGCAUGACAGAGAUCUGCCCUUCGCUCAACUCCACCCUGGCACUGUACAGAAAAGACCUGGUGAUCCUUUUCCGCGUUUCUUGUCCUAGACUCCCAGAGUAGCUGUGGUGCCAUAAGUAAUCAUGUCGGUGUACUUUUAUUGACAACAGAAUUAAAAAACAAAAAACCACGUUCUAUAUAAAAACGGGGGCAGGGAGAGAAAACGGACUUUUAAAAUAUGGGGACCACUUGUGAUUAUCUAGUCAUUCCAUGUUUGUCCCCGAUGAAACUGUGUCAAU